AUGCUAACUAGCUUUGCGCUGCUCAUCCGCGAAGGCUCCUCGUCACUCAGCAACUUCAAGUGCAAGGUGUGCAACUGCGUUUCCCUGCGCGACAAGUUCUUCAGGCUCACAUGCGGACGCACACUGAUAAGAAGCUUUAUGUGUGACCUUCCGGGCUGCAAGGAAGAAUUUGCCCAGAGUGGCCAACUGAAGACUCACCAGCGCCUGCACACGAGUGAAAAGCUAUUCAUCUGCUCUGAAUCAGACGUGCUCCAAGAGGGCAUGAGCACGACAUCCAUCUACAACUGUCGACGGACCAUUGCGCAGACGGUGACAAUGACACUAAAUUUCAGCAAAUCAGAGCAGCUCCUUAAAGAAAAGAGCCAGUCAUUUUCAUCUCCCCUCGCGUGCUUGGCACUCACGCGUUCGCGGUCCCGCGCUCUCGUGGGGAGACUUGAGAUCUCGGUUUCGAACAAGGACGCGGUCGAGCGUGAGACAACUCCCCAUGGAGACUCCCGCCAAGAGGCGGCUAGGGUAUCACAGGACAUCGAAGACAGUAGAGCUCAGGAUACGGUAUUGGCUGCCGAACGCGACGAGCCUGUGGAGGUGGAUGAAAACAGGGCGCAUCAAGAGAACGUUCAGUCGUACCUGCUUGGUCCCACAUCCACUUGUUGGGAUGCUGAAAUGCUGAAAUUUCACUCAUUAUGA